AUGUCUUUGAAAUUGCCCUCCGCCCCUAAUGCGGGCCUUUUCAAACAAGGUUACUCACUGUAUCUGGCUAGUGAUGGUGCCAUCAUCCGCAAUAUCGAAGCUGUUAGAGAAAUCACCUCCAUUGUACUCACGUCUAUGGGUCCAAGUGGAAGAAAUAAGAUUCUCGUCAAUAAACACGAUAGAACGUUCAUUACCAACGAUGCUGCCACCAUUUUGAACGAGUUGGACAUCGUGCAUCCCGCAGUCAAGAUGUUGAUCAUGGCGCUGAAGCAGCAGGAGUUUGAGAUGGGUGACAAUACCAACUUGGUAUUAGUGUUGGCUGGUGAGUUUCUAAAUAUCCUGGAGAAGUUAAUCACACUUGGUUUGAGUGUGCCGGAGAUUGUCCAAGGCUUCAAGUUGGCCAACAAGUUUUUGCAGGAAUCUUUGGAGAAGUUGGUGGUGACUAAGGUAGACAAUAUUGUUGAAUCUGAAGAGCUACUCAAGGUCAUCAAGCCUGUCAUCGCCGCCAAGCAAUACGGCUUAGAGGAUACCAUCUCCGGGUUGGUUAUUGAAGCUGUUAAGUUGAUUCUCAACCCUAAGAAUCCGCAGGCAUUCAACAUCGACAACGUUCGUGUGGUAAAGAUUAUGGGUUCUUCGUUAAGCAACUCUGAGGUAGUCAAGGGCAUGGUUUUUCCUCGUGAGCCUGAGGGAUACGUUAAGAACGUUUCAUCCAAAUCGAAGGUUGUUGUCUUCACAUGCCCAAUCGACAUUUCCACCACCGAGACUAAAGGCACGGUGUUGCUUCAUAAUGCCCAGGAGAUGUUGGAUUUCUCCAAGGGCGAGGAGCAUCAGUUGGAUGAGAUGUGCAAAGAGAUCUACAACUCCGGUGUGCGUGUGAUUGUGGCCGGCUCCAGUGUCGGUGAAUUGGCUCUUCACUACUUUGACAAGUACAAUAUCUUGGUCCUUAAGGUGCCUUCUAAGUUUGAUGUUCGUCGUAUCUGUCAGGUUUGUGGAGCUACGCCGUUGCCUAGAUUGGGUGCUCCAAUGCCUGAAGAAAUGGGAACUAUCGACGUGAUUGAAACAAAGGAGAUUGGUGGUGACCGUGUAACUAUCUUCAGACAGAACGAAGAGUCUACCUCUAGAACCUCUACCAUCGUUCUUAGAGGUGCUACCCAGAACAAUUUGGAUGAUAUCGAGAGAGCCAUUGACGACGGUGUCAAUGCCAUCAAAGGUUUGGUCAAGGACAACAGACUUUUGCCUGGUGCUGGUGCUGUGGAGAUAGAGUUGGCCAAAUUGAUUACCCAGCAUGGAGAAAGGACUCCCGGUUUGAUGCAGCUUGCCAUCAAGAACUAUGCUAAGGCCUUUGAGGUUGUUCCUCGUGUGUUGGCCGAAACUUCGGGCUUGGACUCCUCCGAGGUCUUAAGUAAGUUGUAUGCUGCUCACUCUGCUGAGGAUAACCUGGGCUUGUCUAUUGGUGUUGACAUUGCUGGUGAGACUGAAGAUAGUCUCGUGGAUGUUACUCAGGCGGGAAUUUACGAUCUCUUGUCCACUAAGCUGUCUGCUAUUGACUUUGCUACCGAUGCUGCUACCACCAUCUUAUCUAUCGACCAGAUUAUCAUGGCCAAGAGAGCUGGUGGUCCGCAAGUUCCUCAGCAGAGAAGACCAGGCAACUGGGAUCAGGAGGAUUAG